GUUUUUUUAAAAAACACUCCAUGCCGCUUGGUGGCAGUAGUGCAAAUCCGUCCUAUGAGCUAUGACGUCACGUUGUGGGUGAACGCGGUUUUUGAGAACGCCGCGCACGAAGAAGCACUAUUUUGAACACAGGAGGUACUGCUGAUGGGCACUAUGGCAGAUGAGGGAGAAGUAAUCGUCCUCAGUGAUGAUGAUUGUGAAGAUGAUUUGUCAAACACUGAGCCCUCUGUUUUGAUUGUGGACAUGGAAGACGUGAAGAACAAUGACAGUGUAUUAUCUCCCAGUCAACUGGAUGAAGACCUGGUUGUCACCUUCUCUCGCCGCGCUGAGGUGCUGCCUCAUGCACGCUAUGACUGUCCCAUAAAUCCUUUCACGGCAACAGAUCAUGACACCACUCAGCCCGUGGCGGGUAACCAGCUUAUUUGUGAUCAGUGUUUCUGCUACAUCUGCGACAAGCUGGCCUCAUCAUGUGAGGUGUGGUCUCAGGGUGGUGAGUGUCACUGCAACAGCCAUAAAAAAAGUGAAUUCUGGAGUAACCUCAGAAAUGGUGCGUUGCUGGGAGGACUGAGAACGUUUGACCUCACCUUGUCUGAAAUAGACGCUCAGCUCCGGCAUGCAGAGAGGAUGCUGCAGAGCUUCAAAAGAGAGCUCUUGGUGGUGUACACCUCAUUCCUAAUGGGGAAGGCUCCAGCAGAUUGUGGUUUGAGCCAAACAAACCAGAAAGACCAGGUCUACGAUUACACACCUGUGUAUGAGUGUGUGUCAUCGUUUCUGAACAAAGCGGAUAUCCAGAAUGACAGAGCGGCUGCAGUAAUGAGACUGGGAGCCAUAGAGGGUUUUAUUAGCCAUUCCCAAAUCUCAGGAACUGUCUCCUCACGCUCUCCAAUGGCUGAUCCUGCUCAGGCUAAAGUCGCGUUACUUAAGAGGGUCGUGGCUUCAGUACAGAGGCAGAUGGUGACGUCUAAUUUUACCCCAGAGUUCACCCAGAAACUCCAGAAAUUUUUUACGAAGUUGUGUUUCUUCCCUGAGCUGAAGAACAUGAGCAGCAGUCUGUGUGUGCGUCACUGGGAGGAUGUGCUGCUCGUUUCUGUUCUGAAGGGACAGAACGUGUGCGGCUUCCGCAAGGACAAAGGAAGGAAGGAUGUCCUGAUUGAACAGAUUUCUGUCGUCCUGCACAGGACGAAGCUGCUGCAGUGUCAAUGCAGGUUCAGAGAGUUGUGUCGCUACCUACGAGUUGUCCAGACUAAUGAUGCCCAAACCUUCCAACUGGUGAAGGACCUCAUCCCUUUCUUCUUGUGUAAGGACGGAGAAUUAUACAAGGCUCUGUCCGCUUUGUGUCCGUCAAAUAGUAUCAUCUCCCGCUUUACUCCACAACUCUUCCUCCUCUACUUCCGCAUCUUUGAAACAGCAACUGCACCAAACGUCAUGGCUUAUUGUCCAGCACAGCUCUGCUCUCCUAAUGCACUGUGGGAACCAGUUAAAGAUGCUGUACCGAUGAAACGUGAGGAGCUGGUGAAGUUUGCUCUCAGGGUUCAGAAAUAUUGCACGCCCGUCUACAAUAAUGAUCACUGUUGGUCCAGUUUACUCACCCUGGUAAACACAGCUCACGGUUCAUCCUCAGGCCUACUGGCACCCAGCGCAGAUUUUCUACAGACAGCAAAGACAGCUGUGCCGUCGAUACUUCACCACCCCGUAAUAUAUAUCCCAACUUUAUUUCUUAAAGAGUGUCCAGACCAGGCUUUGUUAUUAUUGGUAACAGGAGCCCUCAGUUUGAGAAUCCUUGAUAAUGCUGUAAACCCUGUGUUGCCGGUGCUGUGUGCUUUUAAGGACAACAUGUGGGCUCUGGUGUGGCUGAUGGACAUCCUGUCAUCCAGUGAAGAUUGCUUCAACUCCUUCUUGCAGCAGAUCGCAGAGGAGAAGGAAAACCUAGGAGACGAGGAUGUGGCGUCUUUUCUUCAGGCUCUCCUGCCAGCUGCACGUUGUUCAUCGAUGAACCAGGAUCACACAUACUGCAGUCCAAUGCCUAAGAGGCUCUGCUCUUCCCAAAUCACAACUCUGUCGGAAUGCCGACGCCGGGCUGUGGACGUCCUGAGCCUCAGAUUACAUCAUCAGUCUGGUGAUUUUGGCACACAGUGAACUUUGUGUAACAGUUGCAAACUUGCAGCAUUUUGCAGACGGCUGAAUGUACAGAUCAGACGACACCAGAAUGAUUUAAAACAUGUACAGUCAUUCCCAUUUAUUUAAAACAGACACUUUGUAGCAUUUCUGAUGGGUUUUUUUUCCCCUUAUUAAAUGUUUUGUUGGCUGUUAAUUAUGCUAAUUUGUGCUGCCAUCUGAGAAUACUUUUCUACAUUUAUAUUUACAAAUGUGUAACACAUGGUUUUAUGUACAUUUUUGGCAAAAAUAAAGAAAAAUAAUUAGAUUAUUCUACAAUGCAUAGUAUUGAUGAGACAAAUAUAUUAAACUACAUCAGAA